AUGGUCCCUCCAAAUAACACACAGUUCCACCCCUACACUUUUCUCCUUUGGGGAAUUCCAGGGCUAGAAGAUGUGCAUAUAUGGAUUGGAUUUCCAUUUUGCAUUGUGUAUUUGACUGCUCUUCUUGGAAAUAUUACAAUUAUUUUUGUGAUUUGGACCGAACAAAGUCUCCAUCAGCCCAUGUUCUACUUCUUGGCCAUGCUGUCAUCUAUUGACUUGGGUCUAUCCACAUCCACCAUCCCCAAGAUGCUUGGCAUCUUCUGGCUCAACCUGAGGGCCAUCACAUUUGAGGGCUGUCUCAUCCAGAUGUUCUUCAUCCACCUGUGCACUGGCAUGGAGUCAGCUGUGCUUGUGGCCAUGGCAUAUGACCGUUACGUGGCCAUCUGCAACCCUCUUCGCUACACACUGGUGCUGACGAGCAAGGUGGUCUUCAUCAUUGCUUCGGUCAUCCUAAUGAGACCAUUGGUUUUUGCCAUACCUUUUGUCCUACUAAUCCUGCGGUUACCAUUUUGUGGACACCAAGUCAUCCCACACACAUACUGUGAGCACAUGGGCAUUGCCCGCUUGUCUUGUGCCAGCAUCACGGUCAACAUCAUCUAUGGUUUGUUUGCCAUCUCCACCCUGGUGUUUGAUAUAAUAGCCAUUGUCCCCUCCUAUGUCCAUAUUCUUCACGCUGUCUUCCGCCUGCCUUCUAGGGAUGCUAGACGGAAAGCUCUCAGCACCUGUGGCUCCCACGUCUGUGUCAUGCUGGUCUUCUACACCCCGGCAUUCUUCUCUUUCAUGACCCACCGAUUUGGAAGAAAUGUACCUCGAUACAUCCAUAUUCUUCUUGCCAACUUUUAUGUUGUAAUUCCGCCUGCUCUCAACCCUGUUAUUUACGGCAUCCGAACUAAGCAAAUCAGAGAGAGGGUAGUUCAAGCCUUCAGAAAUAAAUUAUAA